UAUUUAGAAAGUUGUCUAAUAGCAUGCAUACAUAAUGGCUUUAUGCACCUUAAACUGUGCUGUGUGCGACACGUGUGUUUCUGCGGUCGCGUAGGACUUUAUACUUGUCCUGAUGAGUUACAUAAUCGGAUUUAUGUGGAGAACAUGUUUUUGGAACAUGUUUAUCAAUGAUUGUAAAUAGAGGUCAGAUUGAAGAUGCAGUGGUUGGCUAUACUUAAAAUUCUUCAAUCAAUUGGAGUGUCAUUGUCACUAAUCAGUCGUGUGAUACAGGAUCUAAACAGAUCCACCAAUGUAGUGUUCCAGCCCCACCAUGUGAGCCGGAGCAAGAGAGGCCAGGUGGUGGGAAACAGAGGGGGCUUCAGAGGCUGCACUGUCUGGCUAACAGGUUUGUCUGGUGCUGGGAAAACCACCAUAGCUUUUGCACUGGAGGAGUACCUGGUGUCUCAUGGUAUCCCAUGCUACUCACUGGAUGGGGACAAUGUACGCCACGGCCUCAACAAGAACCUGGGCUUCACAGCAACUGACCGAGAGGAGAACAUCAGACGCAUUGCAGAGGUGGCCAAGCUGUUUGCAGACGCUGGACUCGUGUGCAUCACCAGCUUCAUCUCUCCUUACGCUAAGGACCGUGAUGAUGCAAGGAAGAUCAUUGAGGGUGCUGGUCUACCCUUCUUUGAGGUUUUUAUCAAUGCUCCUCUGGAGGUGUGUGAGAGUCGUGACGUGAAGGGACUAUACAAAAAAGCCCGUGCUGGAGAGAUCAAAGGAUUCACUGGAAUAGACUCAGGGUACGAGCGGCCCGAAGCUGCUGAGUUGGUGCUGAAAACAGGAGAGAUCUCAGUGAAUGAGUGCGUCCAGCUGUUGGUGGACCUCCUUAGAGAACAGAAUAUUGUUCCAAGAGAAAUCACUGAGGAGGUUAAUGAACUCUUUGUUCCGGACAACAAGCUGAAGCUCGCUCAGUCCAGCGCUAGCCAACUUCCCAUCAUCAGUAUCACCAAGUUGGACCUCCAGUGGUUGCAGGUUCUGGCUGAGGGCUGGGCCACCCCACUGAAGGGCUUCAUGAGGGAAAGGGAGUUCCUCCAGGUGCAGCAUUUUGGCUGCCUGCUCGACGGUGGAACCAUCAACCAGGCCAUUCCCAUCGUCCUGCCUGUUACCACGGAGGCCAAGCAGAGGCUGGACGGCUGUGAAGCGCUAGCUCUGGAGUUCCAGGGAACAUGCGUUGCCAUUCUGAGACAGCCAGAAUUCUACGAGCAUCGCAAGGAAGAGCGAUGUGCCCGUCAGUGGGGCACUACCUGCUCUCAGCACCCAUACAUUAAGAUGGUGAUGGAGGGAGGUGAUUGGUUGGUAGGUGGUGACCUGGAGGUGCUGGGGCGAAUCAGAUGGAAUGAUGGCCUGGACCAAUACCGCUUCACUCCACUAGAGCUCAAGCAGAAGUUUAAAGAAAUGAAAGCAGAUGCCGUCUUUGCCUUUCAAUUGCGUAACCCGGUCCAUAACGGUCAUGCCCUAUUGAUGCAUCACACCAAGCAACAGCUCCUGGAUCGGGGCUACAAGAGACCUGUCCUCUUGCUGCACCCACUGGGGGGAUGGACCAAAGAUGACGACGUGCCCCUGGACUGGCGCAUGAAACAACAUGCUGCAGUACUGGAAGAGGGGGUAUUGGACCCAACAAGCAGCAUAGUGGCUAUUUUCCCUUCCCCCAUGAUGUACGCUGGACCCACAGAGGUACAAUGGCACUGCAGGGCCCGGAUGAUUGCUGGAGCUAACUUCUACAUUGUGGGUCGGGACCCAGCGGGAAUGCCCCACCCAGAGACCAAGCAGGACAUGUAUGAACCCACGCAUGGGCGUAAGGUACUCACCAUGGCCCCAGGCCUCACCUCGGUAGAGAUCAUCCCCUUCAGAGUGGCCGCCUACAACAAGACCAAGAAGGCCAUGGAUUUCUAUGACAAGGAUCGGCAUGCUGAGUUUGAGUUCAUUUCAGGGACCAAAAUGAGGAAACUGGCACGGAACGGGGAGAAUCCCCCCGAUGGAUUCAUGGCACCCAAGGCCUGGAAGGUCCUGACUGAGUUCUACAGCUCUCUACAAAAGGAUCAGUAACCAAGAUAGCACUUAUACAGCUGCCUACGCAGUUAUUAGUUACCCAAACACCAGAGCUCUAUCAAGGGCUGAAUGUUUCUUGUUUGAUUUUAUCUGUGAGUCAUUGGUUUCAUUUCAUUAUUUGAUUUCAAAUCAAUAGAAUUUACUAUUUAAAUAUGUCCCCCUCUGUCCCUGAAUUUUUCUAAAUAUAGUAUGCCUAUUUAAGAUGGGUAUGUUGCUAGGAUUUAGAUUUCACUUUUAAGAGGAAUUCAUUAUUAGGAUUUCAUAGUUUUUUCAGGGUGCCUGAAUGUGCAUUUUUUUUAUUCUCCUAUUUGCAGGUACAUUUUAUAUAUUGUUUAAAAAUAUUUCCAGAAGGAAAAUCAAUAUCACCUCACAAUUAUUGAGUUUGAUUUUCAGCAUUUUACAAUAAAAUAUCAAACAGAACAAAAUAUCAGUGUAACAUUGCUAAUUUAAUUAUUUGACAGAAUUGGUCAGGGGUUUUCAUACUUUUACAAAAGCACUAUUUUUGGACGUCUUCCCUAAACAAACUCUACAAGAUCUAAAUGUUAGCAGCUGUUUACCAGUUUCUAAGCAUUAUUGAAACUUUGGUUGGAACCAGGUUCAGAUUUUUGCCAUCAAACACAAGAGGUGGGUUUUGUAUAAAAAGAGGGAUGUUUGUACCCAUUGUGAACUGGUGGGUAUGUAAUGUUGUGGAGAUGUUUUUCUGCCAAAUGUCCUGGCAUCUUGUCUAGGAAACACUGCAUCGUUGACUGUCUGCCUCUGCUAGGAGGCUACAAUAAAACUAGGUUUUUGGAUCUUCUAGCAGCACAAUAAUCCAAAACUGGCAAAAAAUGACACUCUGACCACAGAACCAAUUUCACCAAAAUGUAAGGUUAUAUUUCUGAAAUGUUCAGUGUAGUAUAAUGCUAGUAAACCAUGUGGAACCGCUGUUAACAUGUUAUUCCACAGAAGCCGGAAGAAUGGAAUAGUUCUG